UCCAUUUGCAUCCACCAAAAUACCCCUUUCACAUACAUCAGCUCCAACUCACUUGUUCCCUUAGCCACACCCUCUACAUACUGUGACAACACUUUCUCCUACACACACACACACCAUUCACCUCUUCUCGUUGCUUUCCCCAUUCUUGUUUUUCUUCUUUACAUAAACUAUGGCGGAUGAGUUGAUUUUGUUGGAUGUUCAUGUUAGUAUGUUUGGGAUGAGGGUCAGAGUUGCAUUGGCUGAAAAGGGUAUUGAGUAUGAGUACAGGGAGGAGAACUUGGCCAACAAGAGCCCGCUUUUGCUUGAGAUGAACCCAGUUCACAAGAAAAUCCCAGUCUUGAUUCACAAUGGGAAACCCAUUUCUGAGUCGCUCAUAAUUGUUCAGUACAUAGACGAGGUGUGGAAGGAUAAGUUCCCAUUGCUGCCUUCUGAUCCUUACCAGAGAGCUCAAGCUAGGUUCUGGGCUGAUUUUGUCGACAAAAAGAUAUUUGAUGCUGGAAGAAGAAUAUGGACAAGAAAAGGAGAAGAGCAAGAAGCGGCCAAGAAAGAAUUUAUCGAUGCCCUUAAGUUGUUGGAAGGGGAGCUGGGAGAGAAGGCUUACUUUGGUGGUGACAAGUUUGGGUUUGUAGAUGUGGCCUUGAUUACUUUCUACAGUUGGUUUGAUACCUAUGAGACUUGUGGCAACUUCAGUGUCGAAGAGCAUUGCCCCAAACUGGUUGCAUGGGCCAAGAGAUGUAUGGAGAAAGAGAGCGUCUCCAAGUCCUUGGCUGAUCCUAAAAUGGUUUAUGAAGCCGUCUUGAUGCUGAAGAAGAAGUUUGGUAUUGAAUAGCAGGUACUUCUGCUAUCUCUUCCAGUGUCUCAGCAGCUAUUUAUCCAUAGGUCUCUAGUCGCUUUUUCGCUUGGAAAUUUUAUGUGUUUUGAAUGUUUGUAAUAUAUCUUCGAGUCGUUCUACAAAGCACCUGAUCCACAGUUGGCAAGCGGAUUAUAGCCCAUUUUGUGCUUGAUCAAUAGUGUUGUAUGGAUCAGGAGUGUAGCAUCCUUCGCAUCCAAGAAUUCACCAUUUCAAUAUUUCAUAGUGUGUUGAAAUAGUGGAAUGAUAAAGGGAUAUUGGCUGGAUAGGGUUGAGCGUGGAAUUGUAGUGAAUGUAGUUUACUUUGCAAACUAUGACGUUUUUUUGAUUUGCAGGUAAUUUUGGUAAUAAGGCUUUGGUUUA